AUGGGGCGUAAUCUAUUGAUGAGUAGUUUGGAAAAUGCAUCUUUCAAUAUCAUAUUCCAAAUAAUGUUCCGUUGUGUCACAUUUGUUAUAAACGCCUGGGUAAUCAGAAAUGUAGGACAUGAGGUGUUGGGCAUAAUGAAUGUUAGGUUGCUAUUGUUAGAAAGUACUAUAUUGUUCCUAAGCCGUGAGCCUUUUAGUCGUGCUUGCAUGGGACAGAAAGAUGAAUUAAGCUGGACUCAUAUUAUUAAUCAAAUUUGGCUCUCGGUGCCUAUCAGUUGUGUGUUAUCAGUCAUCUUUGUUUACAUCUGGUUGAAUUGGCUGCCACUGAGCAGCCCGGAACACAUUUAUCAGUAUACUAUUGGUUGUUGGAGUGUUGCCUUGUCCUGUAUCUUGGAGUUGUGUGCUGCCAACAUGGCACUCAUUGCCCAACUAUUUUGUUUUAUAAAACUGAAGGUUGCCCUGGAUACUUUGUAUAUUUUCACAAGAUCGGUAUUAUUUGUAUCAAUUAUUAUCUACAACCAGUCUUUUGCACUUAUAGCAUUUUCUGUGGCACAAGUAGUAAGUAUAGGAAUAAUAGUGUUAUUAUAUUAUACUUUCUUUUACUGGUACAUCAAAAAUAAACCUCUAUAUGCAAAGGGUGCUCUGAAGAGCAAGUUUAUUCCAGAUGUAGUUUUGCAGAGAUUGUAUAACAAUAUGGAUGACUUCCAAUUUACAUCAUUGAAAGAUUUCAUGCCUAAAUAUUUAGGAUCUGUUAAUUCAACAUUCAACAAAAAGCUAAAUACCCUUACUGUAAGUUUCGCAAAACAAGGUAUUGUGAAGCAAUUGUUGACAGAAGGAGAGAAAUAUGUUAUGUCAAUGAGCCCAGUCAUGUCUUUUUCUGAACAAGCUACAUAUGAUGUAGUGAAUAAUCUGGGAAGCUUAGCAGCCAGGUUUAUUUUUAGACCUAUUGAGGACAGCAGCUAUUUUUACUUUACACAGAUGGUGAGUAGAGAAUUACCAUUGCAUAAGCAAGACCAACACAAAAUUCAAGAGUCAUGCAUGGUAUUGUCUCAGAUUUGUAAAACUGUAGGAUCAAUAGGUUUGUUAGUGUUAGUGUUUGGACAAAGUUAUGCACAUACUCUGCUGCUGUUGUAUGGUGGCGACGCAUUUGUAGCCAGCGGGUUGCCUGUGCAGCUGCUGAGGAGCCAUUGCCUGGCCAUAGUUUUGCUGGCCAUCAAUGGAAUUACAGAAUGUUACACUUUUGCUACAAUGACGAGUGCAGAACUAAAUAAAUAUAAUUACUGGAUGGUUUUCUUUUCUAUAUGCUUUUUGAUAUUAUCAUAUGGUUUGACAUAUAUUUUCGGGCCUGUAGGAUUUAUUAUUUCUAAUUGUAUCAAUAUGUUCGCUAGGAUAUUGCAUAGUAUACACUUUAUAAAUCAUAAAUAUAGAGAUACCGGCUACCAGCCAUUAGAAGGACUAAAUGUUGGCAAGUUUUUUCUUAUAACAUUGUUUAUUGCCGGAUGUAUUUGUAAGAUUUCAGAAAAUAAAUUAUCUAGAAGUUCAAUAAUACUACAUAUCGCUAUUGGAGCAGUGUGCGUGUUAUGCGUCCUUCUUGCCUGGGGUUACGAGAACAGGAAACUUGUUAUAAAAAUGUAUAAAAAAAUGAUGAACAUUCAAGACAAAAAGGUAUCUAGUGACUAGCAUUCAAUUAAAGUUUUGUAAAUUGUAUAAUAUAGAUUUUAUUUGUAAGUUUGUCAAUAUAGUUACUAUUAUAUGAAUAAAAAAAAAUAUAACUUAACAUUGAGUAAAA